AUGUUGCUGCAAGAAACUUCCAAGUUACCAACUAAGCUACCGGCUACGAUAGAAGAUAGUAUUACUGCUACGCGGCGUCUUGGUUAUCGAUACCUUUGGGUGGACAAAUACUGUGUGCACCAGCAGGAUUCCAGCGACAAGCAUAUUCAGAUUCAGCAAAUGGAUGUUAUAUAUGCCUCAGCUCAGAUCACCUUGAUUGCAGCGGCUGGCGAAGACUGCGCGUACGGUUUACCCGGUGUAGGACGGGAACGAAAGUUAUCUGACUUAGUCGUCACCAUCGACUCUAUUGCCGUAAUAUUGGAACCAGAUCCUGUGGGUCGUCACAUCGCGAAAUCAAAGUGGUCGAAUCGUGCAUGGUGA